CCGGAAAUACUUGGUUGCUCGUUGGUUUUAUUGUUACUCUGAAUGAAGCAAUCAUGGACGCAAAGAAAUCUACAUAACAAAAUUAGCAACUGAGAAGCUAUUAUUUGGGGCACGGUGUACAGUUAUACAUUUAGUAAAUGAUUAAUGUCUUUGUUUCCAUUGAUUUUGAACAUGGGAUUCGUAUUAGGAGUUGUGUUAUCCAAACUAGCUCAUGCUUACUAACGUCGCUAACGUUAGUUAGCUAGCAAACAGUUGCAUGAAAUCCGCACGUUGGGCCGAUACAGCUAACUAGUUUGUCCUCUUUUAAUUGCCUUAAAAACAAUGAACACUGUACUAUUGUAAUCCAGUAUAGCAAUAUUGUAAUUCUUACCUAGUUUACGAAUACAGCAGACCAACAACUAUAGCCCUGAUGGUUACCUAUUAUGCUUAGCAUGCUGACAGGGCUAGAUUAGCUGGGUUGUAAUCAUUAGUCCAAACAGUUGCAAAACGUGUAACUAAAAUAAGUGUUUCUAUUGAACAAAUUCAGGACAGAUGUCCUCAUGAUGAACUUUGAUAGUCUGGACCCAGGAAUGGGUGAAUACGCACCCGCCCUCCAUGGGAAUCUAGAGCCGGGUAGGGAGCCCUCCAUGGACCCACGGCUCAAUCCGGGUUUGUUGCAAGGUGUGGAGCUUGAUCCAGAUGGUCUUCCCGUGGCCAUACCUGAGUCUGUGCACAUGAUGGAGGGGAUGUUCUCUGAGCUCCACAGCGUGCAUGCAGAGGUGGGCGUUCCUGUCACAGCAACUCACUUUGACCUGCAAGAGGAGCUACUCUGGAUGGGGAACCACAGGGGACAUGCGAUGUCCUUCUUUGGUUCGACAAUGGGCCGCUACUCAUCUUUCCAGGCGCACUCGACUGAUGACAUUCGUCAGAUUCAGAGCAUGGAGACAGGGGUUCUGUUUCUCUCUAAGAGUAAUCUCAAGUGCCAAACUCGUGGAGGCCUCGUAAUGUUCGACUACCCAAUGGAGGAGGGAGCUGACAUGCAUAGUCUGCUUAUGACAGAAAACAAUGCAAUGCUCAUGGGUGGACUACAGAAUUAUGUGCUUGAAUUUGACCUUAAUACUGUGCAGCAGACCCAAAAGUUCACAGUCGAGGCUCCAGGGGUAGCUAUUAUGCGGCAGUCCAAUCGUUUCUUAUUCUGUGGGAACACAUCUGGGAAGGUGUCCCUUUGUGACCUGCGCACUUUCAAGCUAGAACAUGAGUUUGAUGCCUUCUCCGGUAGCCUGUCAGACUUCGAUGUCCAUGGCAACCUCCUGGCUGCAUGUGGGUUCUCCAGUCGAGGGCUGAACAGACUGGCGUGUGACCGCUUCCUCAUGGUGUUUGACCUGCGCAUGAUGCGCACUGUGACACCACUCCAGGUGCACGUGGACCCCCUCUUCUUGCGCUUCAUCCCUACGUACACGUCACGCCUGGCCAUCAUCUCACAGACAGGAGAGUGUCAGUUCUGUGAGCCCACUGGACUAGCUAACCUGGCUGACGUUUUCCAUGUCAACACCGUGGGCCAGUUGCUCAUGAGCUUCGACGUGUCCUCCAGCAAGCAGGCUUUGGCCUUUGGGGACUCUGGGGGAGGUGUGCACCUUUGGUCAGACGCCCCAGAGGUCUCCUACAACAGCUACUCGCGGGAGACAGAGUUUGCUCUGCCCUGUCUGGUGGACUCCUUGCCUCAGCUAGACUGGAGCCAUGACCUGUUGCCCUUGUCCCUCAUCCCCAUGCCUUUGAACAGCUCAGAACCACUACUGUCAGACUGGGUCACCACACAGGCCACUCCCAGCCCUAGACGAGCACCCCCAGUGGACCCAGAGAUCCUGCGCACUAUGAACUCUGUAGGGUUCAUUGGUUACGCCCCCAAUCCUCGCACACGUCCCCGGAACCAGGUUCCUUACAAGAUCAAGGAGGUGGAGCUGGACUAUGAUAACUACAACCAGGGUGUUCCUGAGUCUCUUAUUGGUCGAGAUGAAGAACCACACCUGUACAUGGUGCCCAAGAAAUACAGGAAGGUCACCAUCAAAUACUCCAAACUUGGCCUCGAGGACUUUGACUUCAAACAUUACAACAGGACCCUGUUUGCUGGUCUUGAACCUCACAUUCCCAAUGCUUACUGCAACUGCAUGAUUCAGGUGUUGUAUUUCCUGGAGCCAAUCCGCUGCCUGGUCCAGAACCACCUGUGUCAGAAGGAGUUCUGUCUGGCGUGUGAGCUGGGCUUCCUCUUCCACAUGCUGGACCUGUCACGAGGAGACCCCUGUCAGGCCAGUAAUUUCCUCCGAGCAUUCCGAACAAUCCCAGAGGCAUCUGCCCUGGGCCUUAUCCUGGCUGACUCUGAUGAGCAGACGGGGAAGGCCAGGCUGGGCCGUCUCAUCCAGAGCUGGAACCGCUUCAUUCUAACCCAGCUCCACCAGGAGACCCAGGAGCAGGAGGGGCCACAGGCCUACCGAGGAGCCAGCAGCAGUGCUCUGGGCUCCUCAGGCGAGUCUGUAAUCGGAAGGCAGUUUGGAUGUGAGGUUGAGAACAGCAGCCUGUGUCGCUGUGGAAAGGAGACCGUACGCUCCUCUCUCACCUUGCUCUUCACCAUGCACUACCCUGAGCAGAACUCACUUGAUAAGACGAUAAAGGAGUAUGACUUUGCUGAGAUCCUGAAGAAGAGUAUAUGUCUGGAGCAGAGUACACAGGCGUGGUGUGAGAACUGUGAAAAGUACCAGCCCACAGUGCAGACACGGAACAUCCGCUGCCUUCCUGAUGUACUGGUCAUUAACUGUGAGGUGAACAGUGUCAAAGAGGCUGAGUUCUGGAAGGCUCAGGCAGAGUACGCUUUCAUCAAGGCCAAGAAGAAAGAGGAAAUGGAACCCCAUAAGCCCAAAGAACCUCCACCACAACAACCAACUGAGUGGUGCUUAGAGGAGGGGCUGGUCAAUACGGAGGGCCUGACCUUUGACACCAGAGUGGAGGACCUGCGUCACGUCUGGAUCCCUCUCACUCUGAAGAUGUCCAUCAGCAAAAGCCAGGGCCUGGAGAUAAGCAGUUGGCCAGAGGAAGAGGAGCUGAACUCCACUGAGGAGGCUGAAGGAGCGUCUCUCUAUGACUUGGUGGUUACUGUGCCUCAUGUACUGGACGCUCGCACCGGGGGAAACCUGGUAGCACACAUCAAAGUGGGAGAGACCUAUCACGUCAGAAAAGAGGGGGUAACACACCAGCAGUGGUAUCUAUUCAAUGACUUCCUGAUUGAGCCAAUUGACAAGGCAGAAGCAGCACAGUUUGAUGUGAACUGGAAGGUGCCUGCCAUCUUAUAUUACGCCAAGAGAAACUACCACUCCAAAUACGACCUACGCAUUAAAAACCCCAUCGAGGCCAGUGUGCUGCUGACAGAGGCAUCACUGGCGAGGAAGCAGAGGAAGAGCCACGCCACGUUCAUCCCCCUCAUGGUCAGUGAGAUGCCCCAGGCCGGAGACCUCGUGGGACUGGACGCUGAGUUUGUCACCCUCAACCAGGAGGAGGCAGAGCUACGCAGUGACGGCACCAAAUCCACCAUUAAGCCCAGUCAGAUGUCUGUGGCACGGAUCACCUGUGUGCGCGGUCAGGGUCCCAACGAUGGAGUACCAUUCAUCGAUGACUACAUCUCCACUCAGGAGCAGGUGGUGGACUAUCUGACCCAGUACUCAGGCAUCAAACCAGGGGACCUAGAUGCUAAGAUUUCCUCCAAGCACUUGACCACUCUGAAGUCAACUUACCUGAAGCUGCGCUUCCUCAUUGACACCGGAGUGCGCUUUGUUGGCCAUGGUUUACAAAAGGACUUCCGCGUUAUAAAUUUGCUGGUGCUGAAGGAUCAGGUAGUUGACACAGUCUACCUGUUCCAUAUGCCUCGUAAGAGGAUGAUCUCUCUGCGCUUUCUCGCCUGGUACUUCCUGGACCUGAACAUCCAGGGUGAGACACAUGACAGUAUCGAGGAUGCACGCACCGCACUUUCUCUGUACAAUAAGUACCUGGAACUGAGUCGUGGAGGAGGAAACAAUGAAGUCCGCAAAGUUCUGAAGGGACUCUACGAGAAAGGCCGCAAGAUGGACUGGAAAGUCCCGGACUGUGACACAGGAGAUGGUUAAGGUAGCUGAAAAAGUGUGAAACUGGCAUUGCAUUAGAGAGUGUAAUGUUGGUGGGGUUUAGGAAUUAUUGAGGCUGACUAAACUUUACUUACUAUUAUUAGCAGUUUACAGUGUCAAUCAAUCCACACUGAUUGAAUGUGGUCCCCUCCUACAUGCACAGCUUCUUUCCCUCAAUGAUGGGACUGUGAAGAGUACCGGAAGACAAACUGAUUCACUCUCUAUUUCAAUCAGCCUUUUCUUUUGUAUUGUUCCAACUAGGGCUAGCACAAUUACCGUACAACCAUAUAACCAACAGUGAUGGAUAAAGACUGUCAUGAAAAUAAAAUAACCGUUGUAACUGUU